ACGAGCGAACACACACCGCCCUUCUUCCUCCUCCUCCUUCCUCUUCUUCUAUAUAUAACCUUCUCCCAUCCCAUCCAUCCCAGCCUUCUCCCCCUGCACGCAUUUCUCGUUCCUCUCUUCCUUCCUCUCUCUAUCUCUCUGUGUGUGUUUGUGUGUGCCCUCUCAGAUCUCUCUUGGCGAUUCCCACAUGGCCUCUGUGACCGGAACCUCUGUUCGAUUGAGCUCUGUUUCGUGCAAUCUGAAGCAGACCCAGGUGACUGGCGCUGGAAUCUCAGGCUCCGCAUCAGCCUUCUUUCCAGUUAAUGGAAGAAGCUUUCCAUCCCUUAAAUCGCGCCGUUUCCAGAUUUCAUGUGCGGCCAAACCAGAGACAGUGAAAAAGGUGUGCGAGAUAGUGAAGAAGCAGCUGGCACUUCCAGAUGAUUCUGCUGUGACUGGAGAGUCGAAGUUCGCUGCACUUGGAGCUGAUUCUCUUGACACGGUUGAGAUUGUGAUGGGGCUGGAAGAGGAAUUCGGGAUCAGCGUGGAGGAAGAGAGCGCCCAGAGCAUCACCACCGUCCAGGAAGCCGCCGACAUGAUCGAGAAGCUUAAGCAGAAGGCCGCUUAAAAAUCAGUCUUUCCGUCCUAUCAUUUGUUUAGAGGGUCAAAUCGAUUUACAUUUAAGAGAUGUAGCACUUUGUUUUCGGAACUAUCUUAAGUUUAUGCAAAACUUCUGCUCUUAAGAGAUCUUCAAAGUUAAUUGUAUUUUGCCCAGAGGGCAUCCCAUAUUUGGAAUAAACAGAUUCUAUACGCCAA